AUGUGGAUUCAGGAAGCCUUAGGAGGCUCUCUUCAGCCUCGGGCAUCCACGCAGGAGGCAGCCUUGGUGGCCCAGGCGACCAGCAGUUCUGGCAGCCACUGUGACUCAGCAGCUCGGGACAACAACCUAACAAUAGAACAGACCCUCCCCUGGUGCUUGCACCGUACGAAGCUGCGGUCCCUGGCUGUGGGGCCACAGUACCCAUCCCUGGGUGCGCAGCCCAUCCUGUGUGCCAGCAUCCCAGGCCUCGUGCCCAAGCAGCUGCGCUUCUGCAGGAACUACGUGGAAAUCAUGCCCAGCGUGGCCGAGGGCGUCAGGGUCGGCAUCCAAGAGUGCCAGCACCAGUUCCGGGGCCGCCGCUGGAACUGCACCACUGUCCAUGACAGCCUGGCCAUCUUCGGACCUGUGCUGGACAAAGCCACCCGGGAGUCGGCCUUUGUCCAUGCUAUUGCCUCGGCUGGCGUGGCCUUCGCAGUGACACGCUCAUGCGCAGAGGGCACAGCUGCUAUCUGUGGCUGCAGCAGCCGCCACCAGGGCUCGCCAGGUGAGGGCUGGAAGUGGGGCGGCUGCAGCGAAGACGUCGAGUUUGGCGGGAUGGUGUCAAGGGAGUUUGCUGACGCCCGGGAGAACAGGCCGGAUGCCCGCUCGGCCAUGAACCGCCACAACAACGAGGCUGGGCGCCAGGCCAUCACCGGCCACCUGCACCUCAAAUGCAAAUGCCACGGGCUGUCGGGCAGCUGCGAGGUGAAGACAUGCUGGUGGUCACAGCCCGACUUCCGCGCAGUGGGCGACUUCCUCAAGGACAAGUAUGACAGCGCAUCAGAGAUGGUGGUGGAGAAGCACCGCGAGGCGCGUGGCUGGGUGGAGACGCUGCGUCCACGCUAUGCCUACUUCAAGGCGCCCACAGAACGCGACCUGGUCUACUACGAGGCCUCGCCCAACUUCUGCGAGCCCAACCCAGAGACAGGCUCCUUCGGCACACGCGACCGCAUCUGCAACGUCAGCUCACACGGCAUCGACGGAUGCGACCUGCUGUGCUGCGGCCGUGGUCACAACACCCGCGCUGAGCGGCGCCGGGAAAAGUGUCGCUGUGUGUUCCACUGGUGCUGCUACGUGAGCUGCCAGGAGUGCACACGCGUCUACGAUGUGCACACCUGCAAGUAG